AUGAGUGUUCCAGUAAGUGGUAGCAAUAAUACUUUGUUGUUUCGGCGGGAUACUACUUUUUUACCAUUAUUCAAGAAGAAGAGUAGUAUUAUUAAGAAGAAACGAAUGAAGAUGAUGAAGAUGACGAGGAUGCGCAAGAGAGAUGAUGAAGACGACGAAUUUGAUGACGACGAUGCGCUCACGACGACGAUUCAAAGACAAGACCAAGAAACGUUGCGAUGCAAACACAAACCGUUGUUUCGAGAGGACAAACCGUUUUUACCGCGAAAGAUUUUCUCCAACGUCGAAGGGACGUGGGCGUUUGAUACCGUCUCGAGACGGUUGCACGAAGAUAUUCUGGAAAGAGUCUUCAAGGACAACGCGAAGGAUAUCUUAAAAGACGCGUCUUCAUCAGCGUGUAAGAAAUUACGAAAGCUGCAAUGGGAGCUAGAGAAGAACGAAAAAGUCACGUACGUGGAGGAAGAUGGAGGCGAAGACGUGGAGACGUGGAAAGCGCUCAUGCGGGAACACGUGCAAAGUAAAACGAGAUGGCAAAGUAUCCCGUGGUUGGACGCGGAGUUUUACUUUUAUCGCAGAGUGUUGAGCGCGAUCGGGUAUUUCGACGCGAAGAGCGAAAACUUUGGUAAAGAUCCGUUUAAGAAGGAUAAGAGGAGAGGGUUGGAGGCGAGUUUGAAACCGGCGGUGAAUUUGGCGAAGAAGUUGAAAUCGUUCGACGCGAGGAAAGAGGCGGAUUUGAGGAGCAUGGUUUUCGUCUCUUUGUGGGGAAAUCGAGCGGAUUUGAGCAUUUGGGCGGCGGAGGACGCGGAGAAGACGGCGGGAGAGUACGCGAGCGGCGGAAGCGAUGGGGAAGACGAGGAUAAAAAGAACAAGAACGCGCUCUUAACGGACGAUUCAAAGGCGCUGUGCGCGUAUUUAGCGAGCGGGGAGUUGAAGGGUAAAUCGGUGUCUUUAGUCGUAGACAACGCGGGAUUCGAGUUAGUGUGUGAUUUGGCGUUGGCGGACGCGUUGACGGCGGUGUGCGACAGAGUUGUGUUGCGAGUUAAAGCGCACCCGACGUUCGUUUCGGACGCGACCGUCGAGGACGUUUGGGAACACGUGGAUUUUUUAGAGUCUGCGUCGUCGAGUAGUAGUAAUAGCAGCAGCAGCAGCGGCAGCAGUAGUAGUAGUGGUAAAAGUAACAAAAGCGAUAAAGCUAGUGAAGAGGGUAGGGAAAAAAGUAAAGAUGUCGAGGCGCGAAGAAAGAUGGCGUCGCGAUGGAAAAGCCACCUGUUGAGCGGUCGGUGGGUGGUUGAACCCGAUUUUGCGUGGUGUCAGCCGCAGCCGUUUUGGAAUUUGCCGGCACUCGCGAGAGCGUCGUUGAGUUCAGAGCUCAACGAUACCGGUUUAACGAUAAUCAAAGGCGACGCGAAUUACCGUCGACUACUCGGAGAUAGACUUUUUGAUCACUCAAAAGAUGCGUUUGAGGACGUCGUUGCGUACUUUCCGUCGCCAGUGGUUGCGUUGCGAAGUUUGAAAAGCGAGUUAGGUUGCGGCAUGCCGAAAGAAAAGUGCGAGAGCGCGAGGAAGGCGAGGAAGGAUUGGAUGACAUGCGGUGUAUACGGCGUCGUUCAGUUUGUGAGACAUCCGGUGCAACAAACUGCGGUGGCGGAUGCGGUCGUGAAUCAAGCAGAUCCGUUCGCGGAUUCGCACGAGCUGCAAAAAGUGCUAGUGGCCAUAGCCAACGCCUGCGCGGAAAUCUCGGAACGAGUAGCCGCGCAGCCGACACUAUCACCGUCGGAAAGAGGCUACACCGGGGAAACAAACGAAUCCGGAGACGUGCAAAAGAAACUGGACGUGUUUUGUGACGACGUUUUUGAGAAACAUUUGAUCGAACGCUUACACAAUAACGAGAGAAGCGUCGUAAAGGCGUAUUUUAGCGAAGAACGAAGCGAGAAAAUGGCCAAAAGCGGGGCGGCCGAGGAUGAUUUUAUCGAUUUCGGCGCGUCGUUUGUCGUCGUCGCCGACCCUUUGGACGGAUCGCGCAACGCCGAUAUCAACAUUCCCGUCGGUUCCAUUUUUGGUAUUUAUCAAUUCAAAAACAACGAAAAGCUCGAAGACGUCGUUUUGAAACCAGGACGAGAACUUAUCGCCGCCGGAUACGCGCAUUACGGCAAAGCAACAUCCUUCGUCUGCGUCCCUGGACCAAACGCGAACGCCUGCGAGUUUUGUCUCGACGAGAAAACGAAAGAGUUUAAACUCGUCAAAGACAAAAUAACUAUUCCGGAACGCGGUCAAGUCUACUCCUUGAACGAUGCCAGAGAACCCGAUUGGCCUUCCGGUUUGAAAAAAUACAUCGACGACGUGCGCCGGGGCGACGGCGAAAGCGGGAAGAAAUACUCCGCGCGAUACAUCUGCGCGCUCACGGCUGAUUUCCAUCGAACGAUACAAGAAGGCGGGUGGUGCGGAAACCCUCGCUCUCACUUACGCGUCGUGUACGAGUGCAACCCGCUCGCGUUUGUCGCGAAAGCCUGCGGAGGCCGCGCUUCCGACGGCGAACGAGACAUAUUAGACAUUCUCCCUGCUGACUUUCACGAAAAAACGCCGCUCUUCGCGGGAUCUAGCGAAGAUAUCGCCGAGAUUGAAAAGUAUGAAAACGUGAAACAAACCGAAGGUGGCGGGUAUAAGAUUUAA